CGGUGGCGGGGGAGGAGCCCCGGAGGGGGAAAAAGAAAGUGCGGCGGAAAGUAAGAGGCUAGUCGGGGAAGGCUGCCAGGAUCUGGAUCUCCUGGGCUCAGCUUGGACCAGGACUCGCAAAGAGGCACUGGCCGGCCACCCUGCACCCAUCCCGUCGCUGUCGCGGAGCCCACUCGGCUGACCCAGGAUGAGACUACUGUGGUGUCUGAUGAGUCUGUACUUCUAUGGGAUCCUUCAGAGUCAUGCCUCAGAACGCUGUGAUGACUGGGGACUAGAUACCAUGCGACAAAUCCAAGCAUUUGAAGAGGAGCCAGCUCGAAUCAAGUGUCCCCUCUUCGAACACUUCUUGAAGUACAACUACAGCACGGCCCAUUCCUCUGGCCUUACCCUGAUCUGGUACUGGACCAGGCAAGAUCGGGACCUGGAGGAGCCUAUUAACUUCCGCCUCCCAGAGAAUCGCAUCAGUAAGGAGAAAGAUGUGCUCUGGUUCCGGCCCACCCUCCUCAACGACACAGGCAAUUACACCUGUAUGUUGAGGAAUACUACAUAUUGCAGCAAAGUUGCAUUUCCCCUGGAAGUCGUUCAGCAGGGCACGUGCUUCAAUUCCCCCAUGAGACUCACGGUGCAUAAAGUGUAUAUCGAACACAGUUCUCAUAACAUCACAUGUCCAAAUGUAGAUGGAUACUUCCCGCCCAGUGUCAAGCCAGCCAUCACUUGGUAUAAGGGUUGUACCGAAAUAGUGGAUUUUCAUAAUGUAGUACCUGAUGGUAUGAACUUGACCUUUUUCAUCCCCUUGGUCUCAAACAAUGGAAAUUAUACAUGUGUUGUUACAUAUUCUGAAAACGGACGCCACUUUCACCUCACCAGGACUGUGAGUGUAAAGGUGGUAGGCUCGCCAAAAGAUGCAUUACCACCCCAGAUCUAUUCUCCGAAUGAACGUGUUGUCUAUGAGAAAGAACCAGGAGAGGAACUUCUCAUCCCCUGUAAAGUCUAUUUCAGUUUUAUCAUGGAAUCCCAUAAUGAGAUCUGGUGGACUAUUGAUGGAAAGAAGCCUGAGGAUGUCACUGCUGACGUAACUACUAAUGAAAGUAUAAGUUAUUCUAAAACAGAAGAUGAAACAAGGACUCUGGUGUUGAGCAUCAAGAAAGUCACCCCUGAGGAUCUCAGGCGCAACUAUGUCUGUCAUGCUCGAAAUACCAAAGGGGAAGCUGAGCAGGCAGCCAAGGUGAAACAGAAAGUAAUACCGCCAAGGUACACAGUGGAACUUGCCUGUGGUUUUGGAGCCACGGUCUUUCUGGUGGUGGUUCUCAUUGUGGUCUACCAUGUUUACUGGCUGGAGAUGGUCCUCUUUUACCGGGCUCAUUUUGGAACAGAUGAAACAAUUCUUGAUGGAAAGGAGUAUGAUAUUUAUGUUUCCUAUGCAAGAAAUGCUGAAGAAGAGGAAUUUGUGUUACUGACACUCCGUGGCGUUUUGGAGAAUGAAUUUGGAUACAAGCUGUGCAUCUUCGACAGAGACAGCCUGCCUGGUGGAAAUACGGUGGAAGCAGUGUUUGAUUUCAUUCAGCGGAGCCGAAGGAUGAUUGUUGUCCUGAGCCCUGACUAUGUGACAGAAAAGAGCAUCAGCAUGCUGGAGUUUAAGCUGGGCGUGAUGUGCCAGAACUCCAUUGCUACCAAGCUCAUUGUGGUGGAGUACCGUCCCCUCGAGCACCCCCACCCAGGCAUCCUGCAGUUGAAGGAGUCUGUGUCUUUUGUGAGCUGGAAGGGAGAGAAAUCCAAACAUUCUGGCUCCAAGUUCUGGAAGGCCUUGCGCUUGGCUCUUCCCCUGAGAAGCCUGAGCGCCAGCUCUGGCUGGAAUGAGAGCUGUUCUUCUCAGUCUGACACCAGUUUGGAUCACGUUCAGAGGAGAAGUCGUUUGAAAGAGCCCCCAGAACUCCGGAGCUUAGAGCGGGUGUCUGGAGCAGCGCCAGCCCCGGGCAUCAUGUCCAAGCACCGAGGGAAGCCCUCGGCAGCUUGUCGCUGCUGUGUCACCUACUGUGAAGGAGAAAGUCACCUCAGGAGCAAGAACCGGGCAGAGAUGCAUACCCAACCCCAGUGGGAAACACACCUCUGUAAGCCUGCUCUCCAAGAGUCGGAAAGAGACAAAAGACCGGAAGCACCUGAUUGCAGUUAUUGCCUCUAACGGCCUUGGAAGAGCACACUCUUCUCGGGCCCUAGAAGGCUCUGAUUUUCUCCAGCCAAGGAGGACUACAAAUCAUCCUUUUAAACAAAGUGUUUGCAGGCAAUAGCUGAACAUAAAGGGCUUGUUUAGCCCUGGGAAUUGUCUCAGCACAAGCAAACAAUUGAAUAGAGUGGUUGGUAGAGUGUAUUUAUAAUCUAUGAACUAUCUAACACUACUCUUUGGAACUUGGUGGGAGUGUUCCAGCCAUCAUCUCUACUAUAGUAAGAUAAGCUAUGCUGGAGUAAGAUUUCAAUAACUUCCCAUCACACAUCUUACUUUUGCUGAUGCCAAAUGUCCAGCAUAGGGGCUUGCAGUUUUGUGUCCUUGCCAUGUGAAAUGUGUAGCUUGCACUUGUUCUAUAAUUGAGCUUAAAUUGACAUCACUUUUUUUCCCUUAUAUUUUAUAAACUAGAACAAUCUCCAAGGUCCUGAUGAAGUCAUAUAGAAGCCUACAAAAUAUAUUCUACUGUCACUAGGAAGGGAAAAUUACAUUGAACUUUGUGAACACAUAGCAUUGUCUUCUACAAAUGAGAUGAGGAUGAUAUACUUAGGUAGAUGAUGAUGCAAAGAAGGACCUUCAGUCUUUAUUCUGUUACUUCAUAUAGUCAAACAACAAAGGACUCCAAUGCUCACAUCCAACCUGAGUAUGCCAAGUUAUCAAGAUGAAAGUCCACACAGAAAUGAAUAAAGCUUUCAUAUAAGUGCUCCCUAAGUGAAAGUCAUUGACAGACUUCAUUAUAAUAAUUACAGUUUCUGGUUAAGAAAAAGCAUGUGUUAAAAGUUGAAAGUUGUCAUGUUGGGUUACUUUCCAUUUAGUGGCUUUAGUUAGUACUCUUAAGAAUGUGAUGCUCAAACUGUCUGCAAAUGAGCCGUUUCAUUUUGGAAAUUCAGGGAGCCUCAGAAGAAUUGAAGGCAUUUAGAACACAGCAGAGCAUGUAACAUGGUCAUUAGAAAGCAUCGUUGAUCCAUUUAUCUAAAGAGUUAAACAGGGAAUUCAAACCGAACAUGCUGAAACUCAGAAGAACUCAGUGGAGAGCAGUACCCAUGGGUGUCAUGGAGUCUGUGACUACUCUCUUUGCAUUUUGUCUCUUUCUGAUUGGGCUCUAUUGCCAUUAAGUAUUUGAAUUUUUAUGUUUUUUCUAAUGUAUGCAGUGUUAUUUGGUAAUAAUUAAAAGCUCUCUCUAGUUUGGCACAAAUUAAUAUUUCAGAGUCUUGUACAUGAGAACAAACUAUCGUGUUGAACAAAGAAGAAUUUUCUUUCUUAGCAUCAUGGGGAAAUUACUCACUAUUCAAAAUCCUUCUAGGAAUAGUUCACACAGUUUUGCCUUGAGUACUCCAAACAUUUAAAAACACUAAAAUGUAAAGAAUGCCUUUCUGAAAGGUAUACAUGGAUAGAAAGAUGCAAGUAUACAAACAACAUCUGCUAGCAGUUCAUAGCUGUACUCUCUCCCGGGAUGACUGUUAUUUGAAUGCUUUAAACAAUUUUAAACCAUGUGUAGUAGAUCAUUCAUUCUUCCAGUCCCAAUGCUCAGGAGGCAAAAGCAACAGGAUUAUGAGUUGGAGACCGGUCUGUGCUACAGAGCAAAUUCCAGGCCAAUUUGGGUUAUAUGGUAAGACCACACCCUCCAAAAUAGAAUGCUAAAAUUUUAUUUUAUUACCUGAUUUUCAUUUAUUUAACGCACUGAUUUAUUUUCAACUAUGACAGCUGAGUCACUGGAUGACUGUAUUUAAGAUGCCAGGGUAAAUGGUUCUGAUCCAUAAGUAAACUUAGUCCUUCAGGCUAAUUGCACACACCUGUGGUGUGCCCCAGACAGCCAAAUCUCCCCCAAAUGAUUGCAGUCCUUGAUCGUGUUAAGGAUGGUGGCUUUAAGGACCUUUACAAUUUUUGUAUAAGAGUCCACAAAAAUUCAGUCAUAAUAUCUUGUAUAUAUGGAAUGAAUGGGUAAAACAAAUACCAUAUUACAGAUAAUGUUCUUCCUCCUUAAAGUGAAACUCAUUGCCAAAUUCUGGAAGUGAGCUAUUUGUUCAAAGGGUAAAGAAAUCUUUAGCCUUUCCAGUUCUUCACUUUCAUAUUGUUUGCAUUCUGAUUAUGAGAGAAUGAGAGAAUAACAAUAAAGAGCAUAAAAUUAUAAAAGUAAAUAGAGUUGCUAACCUAGACAGCCAAAGAAGACAGUAGUCUUAGUGUUUAUUAUUUUCAUAUGAUCAGUCCCCUGAAGCAGGAAAGAGUGUCUAAAAUCCAGUCAUUUGGUUAUUGGCAAAUUUCACUAAAUGAUGUCUAAGAAGAAACCGAAGAAAACAGUGAGGACAAUCAAGCUCCAUUUCCCUACUUCUCAGCACCAGGAUGAAAGGUGGAAAAACUGUUAAAUCUCUUUGUUAUCAACCAGAGUAAGGUGUUGAGUGAGUCUCAAGGCUUAGGGAACAAAGUUAGACAGUCAUUUUCAUUGCAAGCUUGAUAUUACAUAAAAUAUUACUUUUGAAGUCAGGACAUAUGAUUUGGGAUAUUAAUUAUUAUAAUGAAUGUGCAUUUUAAUAGCACAUGUUUGCUCUCAGAUUCUCAGUUCCUUCAUGUUAAGUGGAAAUAAUAUCUACCUCAUUGAAUUGUUGUAAGGGUAAAAUUAUUCAAUAAAUGUGAACUUCUGA